CUAUUUGAGCACUUCCUUUUAGUUGUCAACAGCGAGUGUAAAGGGACAGUGAAUCCAGAUAGCCGACACCACACAGCCGUAAACAGUGUAGGAGUCAGCCGUUAAACGACUAGCCGAACAAAUAUUAUUCGCAGUCUAGUGUGGCGCAAAUAGCUAAGUUUAGGGGUAAACACAGCAUGCAAUCUGGAUGGUCCAUUUGUUUGUCCUAUACCCAAGUACACUGUAUGUGACUAAGAUUUGAAGGCAGAUGCGGACUGAGUGAAAACCCAGUCAUCAAUCUCCCACUACAUCCAUGUGUAUAAUUUUCUUCAAGUUUGACCCCCGGCCUGCAUCCAAAAAUGCCUACAGGCUAAUUUUGGCUGCAAACAGAGAUGAGUUCUACAACAGGCCAUCCAAAGCUGCAGACUUCUGGGGCACUAACAGUGAGAUCCUCAGCGGCCUGGACCUGGAGUAUGGUAAGGAAGGAGGAUCAUGGCUGGGGAUCAGCAAGAGGGGCAAGCUGGCUGCAAUCACCAACUACAUGGAAGGACGUCCCAACCCUGAUGCACAAGGAAGAGGAUUUCUAGUGUCUAACUAUCUUAUGGACAAAGAUCUGGACAGUUACUCCUACCUGAAGAAAGUGUCUACAGAAGGCCACCUGUACAACGGCUUCAACCUCAUCACAGCGGAGUUCAAAGCCAAACAAGACAUUGUGUGUUACUAUGGAAACAGAGGCAGCCCUGAGCCCAUCCGUCUAAAACCAGCAGGAAUCUAUGGCUUGAGUAAUUCUCUGCUGGACACUCCAUGGAAGAAACUGCUGCAAGGCAAGCGCCACUUCACCAGCGUUGUCAACGACCAGUCCCUGUCCUGUGAUGGACUGGUGCAAGAGCUGCUCAAUGUCCUCAAUAAUGAAGAGCUGAACGCACCUGAUCCAGCUCAGGAGAGCCAGGGUGAUGGUUACAGUAAGCCCAUGAUCCAGGCUCUGUCAGCGGUGUGUGUUCGCUCACCUCAUUAUGGCACAAGGACCAAUACAAUAAUCUUGAUAGACGCAGAAGGGAACGUGACCUUCACAGAGCGCACCAUGCUCAACUGUGACACAAGCAAAUGGAGCACCAGUUCUUUCCAGUUCAAGCUGCAGGGGUGAGGGACAUGAUGGAAGAAACCCACUUUGUGCCUUUCUGCAUCACCUUUCCUUCUGUCACCCCGAGUCCCCCGCCUCCAGCUGCACUUCACCAUAGCAGCUAUGUGAACAUGAAGAAUCAUCUGCACUUUUUCUUCAGCUAGUCAGCACUAGCUGCCUCAUUAACUUCGGUGAUAUGUAUUUCUUAUUCUCGAUUUAAGUUAAAAUGCAUCUUUUGAAACUACUGUACUAAUUUAAAACAUUGCCAAAGAACAUAUAAUUUUGUAGAGGAAAAUACAUCACAAAACAGCAGUGUUGGGUUGCUUGAAAAAGUCUAAUCCCUUACAGAUUGCAGGUAACCUGCUUUGAACUGCGAUCAGUACUGUUGUUCACAAGAUUAUUUUAAUUUAUUCUUCUUGUUGGUGUCAGAUUUUUACCUUUAAAUCCAUGAUAUUGAGUGAAUAUACACUUUAUGCACAUUUUCCAAAAUGCAAUUUGAAAUCACAUUCUUCAGCUAUAACAAAUGAAAGAACAAACAUAUUUUAAUGUAAAAAUGUUGCAUAUUAUUUUCCAUUUUACACACUGAGAAUUCAUUGGGUCACCAAUAUUUUUCUAGAGAAUGUGUAAUCUGAUGUAAGAUCACAGCAACUGUCAAAUAUUACUGUCACAGGUAAUUUGUCAUUCCCCAUCCCUGCACAACUGUAGUCUCAGUGUUAGUCACAGCAGCCAUUUCAGUAUUGAAUGCAAAUAGUUUCAGGCACUGGAUCUCUGACUGCUUCCAUGGUAGAAUAAUGCAUUUCAAAGCUGCUUGACAAUAAAAACAAUUUAUCCAAACACUCA